AUGGUCUUGAGCUCAGGGCUAUUACUCAUCCUCGCAAUGUCUGGACAACAGAGAGAUGAGUUGAGUUUUGACAGUGACCUAGAAGAUGGAGACCAUGGUAUCCAAACUCCUCCGAAGAAAAAAAGAAAGAAAGAUGAUGCAUCUUCGAGUGAAAAGAAGAAAGUCUUCCAAACUUCUUGGCUUAGUAUGCCACAGUACCAAGGCUGGUUGCAGCAAGACCCAAAGGGAGACCCUUUAUACUUCUGCUGUAGGGCCUGUGGUGGAAAGCGCCUCAAGGGAGGGAAAACUGAAAUUGAUAGACAUGGUGGCCCAGGCUAUAGCCUGUAUACAGGUCCAGCUCAACAGCACCACAAUAAUGUGAAAAAAGCAGAGAUUGAUAUUGCUGCUAUCUUUGCUGAGCACAAUAUCCCCAUCCAUGUUGUGGACAAUGUAGUUGAUGUUUUCAAAAAGGUUGCUCCUGACUCUGCAAUUCUAAAAGAUGUUACCCUUGACAGAACAAAAUGCACAGCUGUUUUGACCAAUGUUGUGGCAAAGACUGAGAUAGAAGAGACAGUCCAGAACAUUAAAAAUUGUCCCUUCAGCAUAUUGGUAGAUGAAAGUCCUGAUGUUUCACACAAGAAAAACUUUUGUGUAAUUGUGAAAUAUGUAGACCCCAAGACAAAUUUAAUUAGAACUGAUCUCCUUCAUAUGAUUGAACUUGAUCCUAAGGACUGCUCAGCUGAGAAGAUUUUUGGUUCAUUUGAAAAUCUCAUAAAAUACUAUGAGAUCCCUGUAACAAAUAUUAUAGGAUUAGCAUGUGAUAAUGCUAAUGUAAUGAUAGGAGUUAAUAACUCAUUUUAUUCUAGACUUAAAGGCCCUGUGCCCAUGGCUAGUACUGCUUAA